AUGAAAUCUUUAAAAAAUUAUCCCUACUGGAAUUCUCAAAGAGAACUGAUCAUUAUAAGCAGUGCAAACAAUAUUCAGGAGAUAUUUUCAUUUCUGAGAAACGUAAAUUAUAACUAUAACAUUAUAUUGCUUUCCAUUUCUGAGAAAGCUGAAAUAAAUGUUUACAGAAAUGACCCCUUUCAUAAUGACAAUUCCGGUCAAACCGAUCUACUGAAACUACUAAAUGAAACAAAAGUUGAUAUUGUCAUUGGAGGUUACUACUUAAAAAGAAGCUGGGCGAAUCAAUAUAGCUUUAUUUGGGGACAUGAAUAUAUGAGGCCAAUUUUACUUGGCUACCAGAGAAUAAUUUGGAUAAGAAUUUUAAUACAAUUCGAAAAAGGACUGUGCAGCUUAACCAACCACGUAAGAGAAAUAUAUGAUAUGUAUGUAAAACCACCCGACUUGAAGGAUUUAGGAACAUUUACAUCGGAGCCAUGUAUCUCAGAUAGCAUCCGAGACUACUUUCAUAGUUACGGUAUAACUCUACCGGCAAACAGAUCACCAGGCUGUGGAGAUACAGGUUCUUCAUUGCGUGCUGUUGCUAAUAAAAUAUAUAUGUACACUAUAGAAAUGGAUCAUAGAUAUAAAUUAAGCGCUCACAGCUUCACAAGUGGGGAUGACUAUUAUAAGUUUUACAAGCACGAUUUAUCGAAAAACUUACCAUUAACCUUUUACGUUAACCGAGGUUUUCCGUUGACUAAGAAAUUUCAGAAACAUGUCCACUUUAUAUUUGAGUCGGGCUUAUUACAGCAUCACAUGAGUAUCCUACUCAAUAGAUUUAAAAGGACAAGGCGGAAUCUAAAAAGUCAUCGAUUAAAACUGCGCGAUUUGAAAAUAAUAUUUGCAUUACUUUUUAUAGGUCACUUUGUUGCAUUCCUACGAUUCAUAUUUGAGGUAAAUAGAAAUAGGUCCUUGUAG